UCUCUCUCUCUCUCUCUCUCUCUCUCUCUCUCUCUGUCUUUCAUCAACCAUCUUUAACUCUUUGCCCUCUUCCCAUUCUUCUUUAUAAAGUUAACUUUCUUCUCUAUCUUUUAUGUCUCCCUCCCUCCUUCCCUCCCUCCUCUCUCUCUCUCUCUCUCUCUCUCUCUCUCUCUCUCUCUCUCUCUCUCUCUCUCUCUCUCUCUCUCUCUCUCUGAUAUGGGCAUCUGAUAAGGCAGAAAGAUGAUAUCGCUCAGCACGUCAAGAUAAACAUGUGCUAACGUUACAUUUAAUACUCCAACAUAUUUCUAAUAUUACAGAGAAGUGAAUAAAGGAAAGGAUACGUUGAGAGACAGUCAAUAAUUUCUAACCAUGCAUGAAAAAAGCGUAAAAUGAGAACUUGAAAAACUCCCAAGUAUUAGAGAGGGAAAAAGAAUAAAGGAAGAGAAGAGGAAAAGGAAGAGGAAGAAGAAGAAGAAGAGGGGAGAAUAUAAAUCAUAGGUCUGAAAUUAAAAUGUUGCAAAUCGAAUAUGAACGGCGAUAAAUCAAAAUGAUGAGGACUAAGAAAGGUGAAGGUACGGGGAAUAAAUCAAGAGGACAAAGGAGACGGUAAAAUAUACUAAGCAAAGUUGAAUACGUUGGAAAAUAAUGAAGACUGAAAAGAAGGAAGAGGUAGAGAGAGACAAAAUACGUGGAAAAAUCAGUGAACGAGGAGGAAAAUUUGCAUAACAUAGUGAAGGGGAAAGAAAGUGAAAAAUAACGGGAAAACAGAAAAAAAGAUUGAAAAAAUAGUAAAAAUCGCCAAAAUUAGCCAAUAUAUAAGAAAGAAAACAAGAAAAUUAGAUCACAAUAACUUAGUAACUAAAAAGAAAAACAGCCAUGAGAAUGAACUCAGAUACCUAAAUGUACAUAAACCAAACCUACUACUACUACUACUACUACUACUACUACUACUAGGCAAGAUGGUGGCUGUUCAAGUUCUCCUCAUGAACUACUUCCUCUUGGGUCUCCACAACAACAACCAGCUCUCCAAUGACGUCAUUCCCCCGGAGCUGGUGAAGGAGGCGGGGUGUCCUCACGGGUGCGCGCGCUGUACGCCUGUUAAUGGGUGUCUAGCGUGCAAACCGCCUUUUUUUCUGCUGCUACACCGGGAUGGCGCCUCGCAGACCGCCUCCUGCACCCGCGCCUGCCCAAUGGGGUUCUUCAAACUCCGCCGCGGGAAGAAGAGAGGGUUUUGUGCAAAGUGCAUGCUGCGCGGGUGUAGCGAGUGCACCACGCGACACUACUGCUCUAUCUGUAAGGCUGGACUAGUUCGUCACGCGGGCAGGUGCAGGAAGAAAUGCCCCUUUGGUACGGAGAUCAGUCCCCGCACACCUGGUCUCUGUCUCUCCUCUCCCACGCCUCCGACAGAUCUCGACAACGAAAUCACCAAGAUCAACAGGACGUGGGCGACGACAAAGACAACUACCACGACGAUUCUGCCCACCAGCAACGGCACCACCACGUCCUCCCUGCCCACGGACCGCCCGCCCAAGAGAAAGAGGAAGAAGAAACGCAAAAAAGGCCGAAAGAACAAGAAGAGACACCGAAGAAGGAAACACAAGAAGAACAGGCUGAGAAACAGACAAAGGAAGGAGAUGAGAAGACGAAGACUCCGAGAACAAAGGGAGAGGAGAAGGAAAAAGUUACUUACAUCAAACUCCACCGCCAUUACUUCUACUAUUACUACUCCCACCACCACUACUAUUACUACUACUCCACUUUUCAAUUAAAUGCUCUGUAACUUGACUACAUUUUUAUUAUAUACGUUGUUUGCCCGAUUUAUAACAGCUGUUCACACACUCACACACUCGCUGUAUGCAAAUGUUCAAUAGAAAUGCCCGUGUUACAUUUUCUUUAGCUACCCAUUAAAAUAAAUGUUUGCCACUGUCCGUUUUCUUCCUAAUAAGCGCGCGGUGUAAUGGAACUAUACUAAAAGAAAAACGCUUGAUCUCAUAGAAAAAAAAAUAUAUAAUCAUGAGUUUUAUAAUAAUAGUAAUUCUACUUUAACUGAAUUUCGUCGCCUCUUUUCUUGGUUACUUUUACCUUUUCUGUUUUGUCUUUUUUUGUGACGUUCCUAAUUCUCCUUUUUACGAUUUUAUUAUUCAUUUUUAUUUAUCACUCUUUUUUUUAUUUCUUUUCGUUAGUAAGCCUCGCGUGUCUGUGUAGGUGUACGUAAAGCCAUGUGACAUGUACGUUUAGUCUACACACACACACACACACACACACACACACACACACACACACACACACACACUACUUAACCCAGACAAGAUAUUUUUUUGUAAAUAAUUUUCAAGUGAUAUAUUUGUAAAUAACUUACUUUUAGCAUUAAUAUAUAUUUUUUUCUAGCUCUCUUUAUCAUUAUUUUCUUUGUUUUAUUACUUUUCUUGAUUUUUCUUUUUCUAUUUUUCUUAUUUUUUUUCAUUUUCUGUAUCUUUGAGUCUGUCUGUCUGUCUGUCUGUCUGUCUAUCUGUCUGUCUGUCUCUGAACAAUGGAUCAAUAAAGUUAGAAAUGUUAUAACAUUCUCUCUCUCUCUCUCUCUCUCUCUCUCUCUCUCUCUCUCUCUCUCUCUCUCUCUCUCAGUAAGAAAUCCGUGUCUGUAGAGGUGCCAUAUGUCCAACACACACACACACACACACACACACACACACACACACACACACACACACACACACACACACACACACACACACACACACACACACACACACACACACACACACACACACACACACACACACCACUAGUUAGUAAAUUAUUGCAAAACACACAUAUAAUCAGUCAUAACACACACACACACACACACACACACACACACACACACAUUACAGAAUAUAUAUAUAUUCAUUCAGUUAUUCAACACACACACACACACACACACACACACACACGCCAGCUGUACAAAAGCUCUAUAUAACCCUGCAUCCUUUAAAAAAAAACUACUUUGACAAACUACAUAGAAAAUAAAGCCAUGACAUCUUAAUGUGAAAUUCAUUAAAAAAACUUCCCUGGUAA